UUCAAGCUUUGAUACAAUGAGGUAUGUUUUUCGAUUCCUCGCACCUUCAUUCGCACCGCAUUCGCAUUCACCUCGCAGGUUCAUUCUGCUAACGUUUAGCGCAGCAGGCCUCUGCAUGUGUGCGUUACACUUUGGGGAGUCACCGACUUCUGCCUAAUAGAACCAUAUGUCUUUCUGAGCUUACAUCGCACCGACGAUAUUUACACUGCGACGUCGGUGCAGCUUGAGCCACGAACGGCAUGAAUUCAUCAGCAGUCUCACAUAACCAGACGGCCACAGCAUCCUACUGGGUCUGCCCAGCAUGGCUUCCCACGAACCACAUCUACUUCCAGUUGGCCAACGUCUUCUUAUUCCUGUCCUACUUAGCCCCGAGUGGCCUUUAUGGACUGCUCUUCCUACGGGCUUGUUUGACCAUGGGCAGUUUCUUCUUUGCCUUUUGGGGAUACGUCAUCCUGUGCGCUUUCGACACUUUGCUGUGGAACGCAAUUUUUACGAUCAUCAAUCUCGUACUUACCUUGUUGAUUAUGAAAGGUCUUCUGCCAGUGAAGUACCCGUCAGACAUGGAAACAGUGUACACAGAACUAUUUCAACCUCAGAACGUGUCGCGACAGCAGUUUCUGACUGUCCUGCGCUGCGACAGGCAAAUUUUGGGACUGAAACCCAAGGAGAACUACACAGUGGAAACAAAGACUGGGUCUGACCGCCUCACCUUGGUUCUUAGUGGCAGCCUCGAAGUCACCCUGCAGAAGCGAACCCUCCAUGUGGUCAACCAGCUCGAAUUCUUGGAUUCCCUAGAGUGGUUCGAGGUGUGCAGCCCCGAACAAUAUCAGGUAACUAUGACAGCACAAGAAGCCUGCAGUCUCCUUCUAUGGUCAAGAAGCAAACUGAAAGCGACCAUCAGCUCGGACCCUUCCCUGCGGGCAGCCUUUGACAAUGUCAUAGGAAAGGACGUGGUAAAGAAGCUGUUCUCUUUUAAAGCAACCAGGUCUUCGAAGGUUUCAGACUCAGGGACUGACACUUCCAAGUUGCAGACUGCGACGUUUACGCCUCAGUAACAGCCGCAAAGAUACAGCUUUGAAGAUGCCCCGCCAGGACAAUCAACAUGUGCCGUCAAAUGUAUUUUUAUGCUAAAGUGCACGUCAUCCACGGUAAAACUUGUACCUUCCACAGACAAUCAAGUGAAAGUUAAUAGCGCGAUAAUAAAGUAUGCGUCAUUCACUGU